AUGGCUCCCGUCGCAGUCUCCACUCCCGCCCCGGCCGACGACAUCGCCGACCUCAAGGCCAAGCUCAACGCCGUCGACCUCAACAAGGUCAACCUCCAGCUGCCCCCUGACAACACGCUCCGCCGCUACCAGAAGGCCGGCAUCGACCUCUCCAACGGCUACCCCUACUACCCUCCCAAGCCCGACCUCGUCCAGGACGUGACCAAGAUCCGCGAGGACGUUCGCGGCGGCAAGGCGUACGUCGACCCCGGAACCCGCGCCGACAAGGAGAAGAAGGCCCUUUUCGGCGCCGCCAAGGAGGUCAACGACCUCACCACCCACAUUGGAACCGAGAUUGUCGGCCUCCAGCUCAAGGACCUGACCGACCAGCAGCGCGACGAGCUUGCCCUGCUUGUGGCCGAGCGCCACAUUGUCUUCUUCCGCGACCAGGACCUCUCGCCCCAGAAGCAGAAGGAGAUCGGCGUUUACCUCGGCGACGGCCAGAUCGAGAUCCACCCCCAGGCCGCUCAGGUCCCCGGCGUCGGCGGCGGUGUCACCCUCAUCUGGGAGGCUGGCCGCAAGGACGCCCAGGUCAAGGGCCGCUCCUUCCGUAUCCCCUACGGCGGCAACAGCUUUGGCUGGCACACCGACCUCGUCCACGAGCCCUACCCUCCCGGAUACACCCACCUCCACCAGGACACUGUCCCCAAGGUCGGCGGUGACACCCUCUGGGCCUCGGGCUACGCGGCGUACGACAAGCUCUCGCCCGCGUUCAAGAAGCUUAUCGACGGCCUCAACGGUCUCUACCGCUCCGCCCACUCGUACAAGGACGAGAGCAACCCCGACGCGCCUCCCAAGCCCGUCAUCCGCGCCCACCCCCUCGUCCGCACCCACCCCGUCACCGGCUGGAAGUCGCUCUGGGUCAACCGCUCCAUGACCGUCGGUAUCGAGGGCUUUGACCAGACCGAGGCCGACCUCCUCCUCAACUACCUCCACAACAUCUACGAGCGCUCCACCGACAUCCAGCUCCGCUGGCACUGGACCCCCGGAACCUCGGCCAUCUGGGACAACCGCAGCACCAUCCAUACCGUCUCGUACGACUACUCGGGUGAGCGUCACGGUACGCGCGUCUCGUCGCUUGCCGAGAAGCCCUACUACGACCCCAAGUCCAAGUCCAAGGCCGAGGACCUCCAGCUCCAGGGUUGGAUCGACGCGCCCGACUUUGGCGGCCGUUACUAG